AACAAUAUGGUUUGUCUAUUAGUAGUUGCAACGGUCUUUUUAGCUUAUGCGAUAUUACUCAUUUGGUCAAAAUAUCAGGAUAAUAAAGACAUUUUAAGGGGUGAAAUCAUAAUUCUCCAAGACAACUAUCCCGGGGAAGAUGAAGUAUACCUAGUAACUGUCUAUACAGGUCACUAUUCUGAAGCGGGAACCACUGCUAAUGUAUGUAUACAACUGCACGGAGAUGUUAGUUCCAGUCGGGCUCAUUGGUUGUAUAAUUAUAACUACAAAGCUUUGCAGCGUUUUAAUGAUGAUUGGUUUAUUAUUUUUACAACGAAGAAUCUUGGUGAAUUACAAUUUAUUCGUAUUUGGUCUGAUAAUUAUGGAAAUAAUCCUAGCUGGUAUUGUAAACGAAUAGAAGUUAUUGAUGUGCGGAGAAAUAAAUCAUGGAAUUUCAAUUUGGAAAGAUGGUUUUCGUUAAAAAAUAUUGAAAAUUCUAUUAUUCCUCAAAAUUUGCAAAAAAGAGCUAUAGAUGAUAUAGAAUUAACUAUACGAGAAGAAUAUCUAUGGGCAAGCGUAUUUGUACGGCAUCCAAGAUCUUUAUUAACACGAUGUCAAAGAUUGAGCAAAAUUUUAUGUUUAUUGUUAUGUAUCAUGUUAAUAAGUUUAAUAUUUUACGAUUUUUUAGAAGAUGAAGAAGAUUUUUUAAACUUUGAAGUCACUUUAACCCAAGUUUCUAUUGCUAUACAAAGUUGUAUAAUAGAAACAAUAAUGACAUUUGGAACUUCAUAUUGUUUUAAUAAAGGUGCAAAGUUUAAAAAAUACAUGUUAGUUCCAGAUCCAUUAGAAAUACAGGAGCGCGAAAAAACAUGGUGGAAAAAAUUAGUUUUAAUGAUUGUGGAAAAAAAAACUUAUUUACCUGCUCAGACCGAAAAUAAAGUUAAGAAACACAAACAAAUAAACUAUUGGCUUAUAUUUGGAUGGACAUUUUGCAUUCUUAUUUACAUUUUUUCGGCUUCUUUUAUUAUUGCUUACGGACUGAAAUUAGGACAAGUGAAGAGCUUACACUGGUUAAUGACUAUAUUGAUAACGAUUAUACAAAGUGCAUUUUUAGCUGAACCUUUAAAAAUAAUUGUUUCUAGUUGUAUAUCGUUUAAAUUAAAUCAAGAACAAAAUAUAAUAACCAAGUAUGAAAUAAAAUUAGAAGAUUACCGUAAAAAUACCAAAAAUCGCUUACAAAAUUUGAGUUUAAUACGAGAUAUCCGAAAAAGUAGAAUAAAAUACGUAUAUAAUCCAUUGACAAGAUCCGAUGUUCAAAUUUUGGAACAUAGACAAAGUGGUAAAAUAAAGUUUGUACACUUUCGAGAAAAUGCUAUAACUUGUACAUUAAUAAUAUUAACAUCAUUGUGCUGUAUUAGCGCUUUAUAUUCAUUUAACAGUCCAAAGCAUAUAAUACAUGCCAAUAAUGUCAACAAGCUAUUUCUCAAAAGUCUAUUGCAAACGGAUAUAAUGGAUUUGGAAAUGUUAAAAACAUUUUUAACGGAAUCACUUGUAAAAUUUUUACACACUAAAGAAUAUUACAAUGGAAUACCAAUAACCAACGAAUCAAUGAAUUAUUCCAAUAACAUGAGAGGUUGGUAUAGUCUAUACAACAGUAAAGUAAUAAAUGGAGGAAUUAGACUGAAACAACUUCGUAUUAAACGAGAAAUCUUAGAAUGGAAAAAUGAUGUGGGUAAUUACGAAGAAGGUUGGAUACAAACUGCAAAGACUAACGACGAUAUUACGGCUUGGACGUAUAGAUCCAUACCCGUUGUUAAAUAUUUCGGUCUAUGGUUUCCCGAAACGGACCACUCAGGGUUUAUAUUGGACCUUACUGGCGAUGCAUUUGAAUACAAGAAAAUUUUAAAAACUCACUUAGAAAAUGGUUGGUUUGAUAAUAAAACAAGAAAUGUCAUCAUAGAAUUUCAAACUUACACACCGAACAUAGAUAGCAUUACUGUAUUCAAUAUAAAAUUACAUAGUGUAUCAGGAUUAUUAUACACUGUUACUACUGUGGUGUGGACGGUACCUUCGAGUUCGGUGUUUGUCGACUGGACGACGUACGUGUUCACGCUGGUGUUCAUGUCCGCGUACGCGGUGACGGCCGUACGGUUGACGAGCUCGGUGGUGCGCGUGACGGUCGGUCGCGGUGACGGCGGUACGACGCCGUACGAUCGUUUUUGGACCGCGUACGAGUGCGCGCUGCUGGCGAUCGUGGUGGCCACGUCGUUGGCGGUAACCGGCCGCUGGCGGCUAAUGGACGAGGCCGGCGCGCAGUACUCGAUGGCCAAGGAGACGGUGUACGUGGCCAGCGUGACGGACAUGUGUCGGUCGCACGAGCACGUGGCCGCGCUGGCGUCCGUGGCCGUGGCCAUGGCGCUGUUCCGGACGUUCCGACUGGUGACGCUCGCGGAACGCAAGCCGCACCUGCAACGAACGUUGGACGCAUCCGGCGGCCCGGUGUUGAUGGUGGCCGGGUUCUCGAUGGUCGCCGCGUACGGCGCGUGGUACAGCACCGUGAGAACCGACGGCGGCGACGGCCACGGGUUCCUGAACGCGUUCGUCGUGGGUCAGCACGCGCUCGGCCGCGGCCGCCCGUCGCCGCCGUGCCUGGCCGUCACCGUGGUCGCCGUGUUCCUGUUCCUCAACGCCGCGGCCGUGGCGAUCAUUACCAAACGCUACGUCGUAUCGAGACUGUACUCGCCGCGCGACCGAACACCCGCGACACCGGCCACCGCACGCGUGCUGACGACCAACACUGCGUCCCGGCCGGUGUAGCCGGUACGCGGCCGAAUUCUCGUUCGGUUCGCACGCGUCGCGCGUUGCACUUGUUCACCGAUUUUUUCACCUAUUCUUAAACGUCUCGACGAGAUUUGCCUCUG